AUGAAGCUUCGCUUGUCCAUCACCAGUGAGGAGUCUAAGUUGAAGGCAGACACGGCUGUAUCCGGAGGGAACUCGGAGGGGGAGCCGUGCCACUUUCCCUUCACCUUCCAGGGUCAAGUGUACGACGCGUGCACCAGCGACGGGCGCGGCGACGGCAGGCUGUGGGGCGCCACCACCGCCAACUACGACGACGAUAAGAAAUGGGGCUUGUGUCGGGAUAAAGGUUACAGCCUGUUCCUGGUGGCCGCCCACGAGUUUGGCCACGCGCUGGGACUGGAUCACUCCAACGUUCGACAGGCGCUCAUGUACCCCAUGUACUCCUAUGUGGAGAACUUCUCCCUGCACAAAGACGACAUUGCGGGAAUUCAGUAUCUCUACGGGCGCAGGGAAGGCCCCCUUCCCACACCCCCUCGGCCCACCACCACCACGGCUGCCCCUCGGCCCACGACCACGACCGCCCCAACACCUGUGGACCCGACGACCAAAGAUGUCUGCAAAGUCAACAAAUUUGACAGCAUCACCGUCAUUAAAAACUAUUUAUAUUUCUUCAGCGACGGAUAUUACUGGACGCGAUCCAGCAGAGCUCAGAACGGCGAUCUCAAAGGUCCGUUUCGAGUGUCCCAGCGUUGGCCGGCACUGCCCACGGUCAUCGAUGCUGCCUUUGAAGAUCUUGUCACCAGGAAACUCUACUUCUUCUCCGGGCGCCAGUUCUGGGUGUACACAGGACAGAGCUUUCUGGGCCCGCGUAGCAUCGAGAAGCUCGGCCUGCCUGCCAGCGUGAGGACGGUGGAAGGAGCGCUGCAGAGGGGAAGAACCAAAGUUCUGCUCUUCAGCGGGGAGAAAUACUGGAGGCUCGAUAUGAAGACGCAGACGGUUGAAAGGGGCUACCCACGAUACAUCCACACUGCCUUCGGAGGCGUGCCCAGCGAGCCUCACGAUGUCUUCCAGUUGAACGGCUACACUUACUUCUCCUGGGAUCGCUUCUACUGGCGCAUGACGCCCAGCAAGCAGGUGGACCGCGUGGGCUACGUCAAAUACGACCUGCUGCCGUGCUCUGACUCUUGAAGCACGUGCGCGCACUCGUUCAGGAUGGGAUGGCAGCGCGCUUGGAAUCGGGGGGAGCGGAAAUCAGUUGCUUACGGGCGCUGCCUGAUGACUUCCCGGGUUAUUCGUUGGCCGGCCGUCGCUGGUGUGACACAAUAUUGGCCCUUAAACGCAUGUAAAAGAGCGCAGCACUUGAUGUGAUCAGAUGUGAUAUUACGAGAGAAUAAUGGCCAGCAUUGGAGGCUAAUUCGCUCAAGGCCACUGGGUCCAAUUCUGGUUUGAAUAAUUUAUAUCUCAAAUGUCUGACAGGUGCAGACUUUUAACAGUAUUUGAUUGUUUUGCCAUCUGUAGUAUUCUCCUAUUGUGUGUUUUUAAAAAGUUGUCUUUCUGGUUUUUUUUUUUUGUGGCUUUGAAGCCAUUAUUUGCACUGAAUAACAAUGCAUGGCUCUUUCACUUUAAAUUAUUGAUGUGUUGUUUUCUUUUUUUUUACUUUCAAUUCAAUAAAUAUUCAGCUUAAUACCAAC